UUAAAAGAAAUAAUCCUAUUAAUACAGAAUACUUCAUCAGAAUGACUAAGCUAGACAUCCACCAGCACAGUUUGCUUACAGAUUGGUUUGUUUGGAAGGAUAAUUUACUUUGACUAAAUUGUUUUUUCCUUUCCAAGUGAUGAACGUCUGAAAUGAAGAUCUUCUGUAGAUUAUAAUCAUAAGGGAUUAUCUUUAGCUCUUUAUCUGGUGUUGAGAAGGACAACUAACUGCCAUGUGGUAAAUACACGUGUGGUCCUACGUAAAUAUUUCAGACUAAUUUGAUGGAAAGGCCCAGUGGGAAUAUAACCAACCCCUUGCAUGUCUAGGAGAAGAUGUUCCUCUGGUCAUCAGUGUUUUCCAAGGAACCCCAGGUUCCUGGUCAGCGCUCGCCUGAGGAACUGGUAACUAACAUGUUGAUGUUGGAGCUGGGCUCUUUGGUGAAGCGCACUGAGCGCCUCCGCCAGGAGAGGACGACGGAGAACCGCAGGCGCAGCUCCAGUGUGGAUUACAGCUGGCUGGCUGCACCUCCACAGAAGUCUUCCUAUGAGAUUCCAGCUGGGGAGAUACUGGAGCUUCAGGACCUGUGUGCCAAGGUCUCUCCCUCCCAGUGCGGUCCCCUCGUUCUCAGGCUGAGGAAAGAGGUGAUAGAGGUAGAGCCAGAGGUGAGCGAGGUGUCUCGUCUGUUCCGUUCUGUCCUGUGUAACUUCCUGGACGAGGCCGAGGAGGGAGAGGCCACACUUCAGAGAGCACUGAAGACUCGGACCAACCGCAGCAAGAGCAUGUCUGUCAUCAACCUGGGCUCACGGAUCCGCAUCAGACCGCUGUGGAGCAGAGUCACAGUCAGGCGUGACGCUGAGGAGGACGACGAGGAUGAAGACAAUAUCCACAGAAACAGGAGGAUCCGAAGCAUGCCGGAUAUCAGUGUAGUGGAAGAAAGAGCGCUGACCUGAACAAGCUAUGUUUGGAGUAGGAAACUCCAGGUACAAAGCUGGCAUCCUAAGCUACCCUUAAAUGGUACAUAUUAGUACCUUUUGAAAGGAUACUGCCCCAGUGACAGUUUAUAGCUUUUUGCUAAGUGUGCAAAGGUUCUACUGAUAUUAAUGGUUCUUCAUGGGAACCAUAGAUGCUAAUAAAGAUCUCGCCGAUUCAUCAUCAUUAACCUUUUCUACUUUCCCCUUCCUUCAAAUGUGGCGUAUUUAUCAAAUGCAAGAGU